CAAUGGGAGCAGGCGGGCCGCUCGGCGGCGGCCAAUGGGCGCGGGGUGGCGGGCAGUUUAAACCCCAGCUGGUCCGCGGCGCUCAGUGUUGUGUGGGAGCGGAGCACAAGUAGCAGCAGCAUGGCGACGCUGAGAGUGAGCAAGGUUACUCGUGUUGGCAAAAGCAAUGUUGAGCCAAAUGUUCUUCAAGCAAAAGUUGCGGCAAAAAUUGGCCUGAGACCUAGAACGGCUCUGGUGGACAUCGGGAACCGUACACAACCUUUAACGAAGGGGAAAAGUACUGUGGUGGCGAAGGCCGAACCAGCCAAGGUUGUUAAACCUGCCGUUCCACUAACUGAAAUAUAUGAAGACUUAUCAAAGGUUCCAGUGCCGCCACCCACUGAAGCAAUAGACUGUGUAUCUGAAGACUUGUGUCAGGCCUUCUCUGAAGUGCUGCUCCCUGUGACAGAUGUCGAUGCAGAUGAUGGCGAUGACCCCAUGCUGUGCAGCGAAUACGUCAAAGACAUCUACAAAUACCUGCGGCAGCUGGAGAUGGAGCAGCCCAUCAGGCCAAGGUUCCUCGAGGGCAAGGAUAUAACGGGGAAUAUGCGCGCUAUCCUGAUCGACUGGCUUGUGCAGGUUCAGAAAAAAUUCCAGCUGCUUCAAGAAACCUUGUACAUGACCGUGUCAAUCAUAGAUCGAUUCCUGCAGGACAGCCCAGUGACCAAGAGGAAUUUGCAGCUGAUUGGCGUGACGGCAAUGCUGGUGGCCUCCAAGUACGAGGAGAUGUACCCUCCGGAGAUUAGCGACUUUGUCUACAUCACGGACCACACCUACACCUCAGCUGCGAUACGCGAGAUGGAGAGGAGGAUUCUGCAGAAGCUCGACUUUUCUCUCGGCCGCCCUCUGCCUCUACACUUUCUGCGGCGAGCUUCAAAGAUCACGGGGGUCACCUCCGAGCAUCACACCCUGGCUAAAUACUUCAUGGAGCUGACUAUAGUGGACUAUGAAAUGGCGCACUAUCCCCCGUCUCGGAUUGCAGCUGCUGCUUUUUGCCUUGCUCAGAAGGUCCUGAGUGUGGGCGAAUGGACCCCGCUACUGCAGUACUACAUGGACCAUAAAGAGGAGGAUCUGGUGUCGGUGAUGGAGCACAUUGCCAAGAACAUUGUCAAGGUUGACCAGGGCCUCACUAAGCAUCUGACCAUCAAGAACAAAUAUGCCAACUGCAAGCUUCUGAAGAUCAGCACCAUUCCACAGCUCAAAUCUAGUGUGAUUAUAAACUUGUCCAAACAUCUGAUCACUCGUAAAUAACUUCCCUACCACCUCUUGUAUAGUCUUGCCCCUUGCAUGUUUCGCAGCACUAUGUGCUACUGUAAAUAAAUGUAGUUACUAUUUUACUUUCACCAAUAAAUGGCGUUUUU